UUAUUUUGACCGCAAGCUCGUACGGACAUUAUAUAUUAGUAGAUUACCGUCGUUGUGUAUAUUCGUGGUCCGCGAUGGUAAUACGUACGGCAUAACAUUAACACGUUACAUUAAAGCGUAUGGACUUUUUACCGAUUUCUCGACGAAACAAAAAAAAAUGAAUAACAAAAAGCAUAUUGAUACAUUUCUCGUAUAAAAUGUGGAUACAUUCAACGACAUGGAUAUCGACAGCAUACCGGAAAAGCGUAAUGACAAAUCGUCGUCAAGAUGUCCGGACGUACACGGACUGUAUGAAUAUGUUUCGAAAACCAAUUUAUUUCUGUUGAGUUGCAUAGCCGCAGCAUUUUCUUUGAUAUCCUAUUUGGCUGCAUUUUCGUGUGAAAUUUCGUGGAUACUAGAAGCUCAUGGUGACCUACCAACCACAGCCUAUUUAUUGUGUUCUGGUUACUUUACAUUAUUCGUUGCCUCAACAAUUUUAAUACAUGGACUAGCAACGGGACUCUCAUGGGGCCUGUUUAGUUGGUCUGUGAUGAUCGGGUGCUUAGCAAUACCAGAACUAUGUCUAGUUAUGAUUUUAACCACUCAAUUCUGGGGUCUUCAAUCUAAUCAUGGACUAACAGAACUAAUUGGAUACAUUGUUCGUUUAAUAAUCAAUUGUUUAGCUCUACUCUGCGUCAUACCAACUGGGUUGCAAUGGCGACGGGAACGACAAGUUCUGAACCAAUUGGAGGGACUCGCUUCGCGACUACAGCUUAGUACACCAGCACCUAGUUCUCCCGAUACAACUGUAUCCAAUCAAUUCAAUCGGAAGAAAAGUGGUAGUCGUUUGUCUAAGCGUAGCAGAAGAGGUAGUGGUGUCGAUAAUGGAGCAUACAUUGUUCAUGAGAACGAACUACCAUUUGGGUAUUCGUAUGGCGUACAUGGAUCACAAAAUGAAUUCAAUGCCAGCAUAUUUGGCUUGGAUCCUUCUAGUCAUAUCGAUCCAUACGGACAAUCGCAGACACAACCGUUCAAUACUAAACGAACGCAGUCUCUAUUAGAUUUGCGAACUGUAUUGCCGCCACCAAAGGAAUACUUUUAUCAGCACCGGUUACAUGAUCAAGUCGAUGGGAGACAAAACCAUUUCAACAAUUUCACGCCAAACAGUCGACAGUAUUCGAACAGUAAACUUGAUAAAGCCUCAGAUCCAAUUUACUACUCAAUAUCGAUGGACGAAAAGUGUUCCAAAUUGGGCAGGAAUUGUGUGUCGUUACAGAAUUUAGAUGAAUUAACAUUCAAAAAUGACUUAUCAUCCUACGGAAACAAUUUGCUGCAAAACUACAAUGCUCAUCGUAUGUACCCACCACAGCAACAACAAUAUCUUCCGCCCAUUCACACUGGAUACCAUCCUGUACAUAAUUACUUUCCGUAUUGGUAUCCGUUUUCUGGAUACGCACCAGUUAACGUUAAUCAGUUUAAUCCCUAUGUUAAUAGGAUGAGUAAACAAUCGCUGGGUAACGAAUCUGACGAUUAUCGAAAAUAUAGAGACGUUGCACUGUGAUGCAAUCGCAAUGCUGUCGCUUUAUUGUUAUUAUGGGGAAUUGCAAUUCAGUAUUUUGAUUUUAGGUUCUAUUUUGGUCUGUUUAUGAAAAAUUAUGUUAAGAAGAUGUAAAAACCAGCAAAUUAUUUCUAUUUAAGAAGAUUAAUGGAAAAAAUCUGCGACCAAUGUUACAAAUAUGUUCAAUAAAGAGAUUGAAACUUUUUAAUGUUGUUCCAGUAUUUAAUUCACCAC